AUGAAUCCACCCCCGGUUGGCACUCGAGUUUGGUUCUUGAACGCAAAGGGUCAACAACAAAGGGGAAUCGUGCACGCCCACGGCGCGCAGCCCGACAACACCAGAGUCGUCAGCGUACAAGUUGAAGGCACUAGCGCCAUCGUCACUUUACCGUUCACGUUGUCUAGCCGCGCGCUACUCAACCGCCGCCUACCGCGCGGCGCGCAGGCUACCCAGUACAUUUCCAUCGGGCCGUCCGAACGCCUCCCGUCAGCGUGCCCGGGCACGGCGGACGGUACGGCCUGA